AUGGAGUGGCGACAGCAGACAAGUUUGAGCUGUGCAGACGCUUUCUCCGAGGCUCAGCGCUGGAUAGAGGAAGUAACCGGAAAAAUCUUUGACUGUCGUGACUUUCGAGCAUCCUUGGAAAAUGGUGUUCUUCUUUGCGAUGUGAUCAACAAGUUAAAACCUGGCAUCAUAAAACGGGUGAAUAGACUGUCGACCCCAAUUGCAGGAUUGGAUAAUGUCAGUGUGUUCCUGAAAGCCUGUGGAAAACUGGGCCUGAAUGAGUCCCAGCUCUUCCACCCUGGAGACUUGCAGGACAUGUCCUCACGUGUCACACUUAGAUGGGACGAGAGCAGAAGAAGACUCAAAAAUGUGCUAAUAACUAUCUACUGGCUGGGCAGAAAGGCUAAUCAGGACCGGUUUUACGAAGGACCCCAGCUGCACUUAAAGUCUUUUGAAGGACUGCUUGGACUCGCCUUAUCCAGGGCCUUGGGUGACACUGCACAAUUUCACUACCAGGACAAGGAGAUCCAGCGGACGAGACAAAGCUACAAGAGGCACUGCUCAGUGGACAGCGCACACUCUCCAGAAAACAAGGCUACUCCCACCAACAGUGAAGGCUGUAGCAGUGAUGCAGAGGCUGAGCAGGUUUUUAAGAUGGAGACGUCUCACAUUUCAGCUCCCUCAAACAGGAGUCGUUUACCUGCUCCUCUGCAGAAGGCCAAGCAAGCACGAGCAGAGAAGAGCUGCACCAGCCCUUCGUCCACUUUGUCCAGACCAGGCCACAUUGAGAUUAUUCAAGAGAGGGCAGUCGAGGUGAAUCCUGGCUGGAUUUGGAGCAAGUCCCUCACAGAUAUCCCCAUGGUCUACCCUGUGCGGAACUCUCCAGAGGAAACCACUAUUUUAGACGAGACUAAAGAUUCUGGCACAAUUCUAUUCAAAAGGAAGAGCAGUUCUAUGAAGGACACUGAAGCCCAAUGGCAUGAGGACUUAAACAAGUGGAAAAGCCGUCGCAGAAGCAGCAAGACCGAGGGUUACAGCACGUCUCAGGACCGAGAGCAUGUCAUACACCAGAUGACCAUUGAUGCCAAAGCGGCUUUUCAGAAAACUACUGCUCAAGGACCAAUGAAAAGAGAACAGCCGGAUCAUCUCUGCCACAUUCCAGGAUCCCAUCCCUACUCUCCCACCUCUCCCACAAAGCCCUCCAGGUCUAACCAUCGACCGCACACUCGGGCAAUGCUGACCCGAAGCUACGCCACAGAGUCUCCUCCUUAUUGUUCUCGGAUGACUGCAAACAUUCAGUGGCCAUCAGCUGGAGCUACGCUUGAAACUAAUUUAACGACCUUGGACAAGCAGAUGGUUUCUCUGGCUUCUGUGGGAACAGCAGUCACCACACCUUCAGUGGACCAUCCGUUCAGCUCGCAGACGCAUGCCAGAAGUGUCACAUUAAUGUCCCACAACAUGACAGGAGAAAAUGGUUUACACUCCUCUGCUCUUACGAAGGAAAAUGCAAACUUGAAUGCUGCUGCUGACGAGCUCACAUCAGAAAACCACGCAGACAUUGACACAGCCUCGACAACAAGCCAUAGUGGGAAGCAGGAGCUGAACAUGGAACCAAUCAACAGCCAGCAUCUCGAGGCCCUCCUUUCUCGUUCUUGUACAUGGUCCGGUUCUGCCAGUCUUCCUCGCGGAUAUCGCCGAUCCGAGGGCACGAGCCGCCUUUCCUCUGUGAUUUCAGCCAAACCUUUUGGUACCAAACCCACCAGAGUAUCCUCGCUCCCCAAACUCUGUCAUGUAGAUGACAGUCAGAUGACAUGGCUGGCCUUUGACGAUAAAGAAGUCUCUCCACCUGUCACUUUGAAGAACAGGCAGAUGGUGGCCCAUCUCAAAGGCCACGCUCCAGUCAUGCAGAGAGAGCACAGUGCAGAACAGAAGAACUGUGCCAUUCAGCCCCAGCCGCCCAUCCAGGCCCUGCCCCAGCCUCAGUUCUGCGCAACCUAUGUACCUGAACACGGCUCAGAACUGAAGGAGUCCAGUCUACCAAAGAAUGUGGAUCACAGUGACAUGAGGGUUUGCCUUACGCUCCGACCCAACAGCAGACAAGACUUUGGAUUCCAGGCACACUGGGACAGCACAGGGGCCAGGGUAAAAUCCAUUCACCCAGGAAGCCCUGCAGAGCUUUGCCAUCUUCGCAUCAAUGAUGAGAUUCUUGCAGUGGAUGGAGUAACUGUGAAACAACUGAAUUUCAACCAGUGGAAAAAUAAAAUGACCUCAGCCUUACAGAGCGGCACUUUAACCAUGGACAUCAGACGCUUGGGUAACAGAGGAGGUUCUGAGUCUGCAAUCUCAGAUCUGCAGGUGCCGUCUCUGAGCCCGUCCUGCGGCAGCUCGUCCUGGGACAGAGAGGAGGAGCGCAGGCGGCAGGAGAAGUGGCAGGAAGAGCAGGAGCGCCUCCUACAGGAGAAGUACCAGCGGGAUCAGGAGCGACUGGAGGCAGAGUGGAGAAAAGCUCAACAAGACGCCACAAGCGAGUUGAAAAUGAGCAGUGAAAACCAGCAGAUGAACCUGCACGUAAACGGCACGUCCAAUAAAACCCACGAAGAGCGGAGGCCCCCCACAGACGCCGGGAAGCGCGCCGAGCCCGGGAGCGCUCCCUGGGAUGCUAAAGAAAUGCUACAGGAAGCGCCGCGUGAUAACUGGGCUGACGGCUCCCCUGGCUUUGCUCAGCUCUCUCCUGCACACAGGGCCAUGUCCAUGUCCUCACCUGCGCUAACAACCCCCCAGAAACUUGUGAGAGGGGACAGUGAUCAGAGGACGAGGAAAAGUCAGAGUGUGUCAACGGCUGAGCAAGAGCGGCAGCAGAUUCUGCAGGAGAUGAAGAAAAGAACUCAGCUCCUCACAGACAACAGCUGGAUACGUCAGCGGAGCGCGAGUUUCUACAAAGAGCCCAUCAUGCCUGGAGUCCCAAUCAAGAGAUACGAGUCAAUGGACCACCUUGAGAGCUGGCGUCACUCUCCAGUCACGGCCGCCCCUCACUCGCGGCCACAGUCGGCUGCUGCAGGCCUGUGUGGCUCCAGCAGGACGUCCUCGCGCCACAGCACUGGCUCCAUGCCGCCGCAGAGAAGCAGGACUGAGCCGGGCCCGAGGACAUGCUGUGUGUGUGAGGGGCUCCUGGACUCUGGGGCUGCUAUGGUCAUAGAGGACCUGAGCCUAAACUUUCACCUGUCCUGUUUCCAGUGCUUGGGCUGUAGCAGAGAUCUCAGAGGAGCAGAGACUGGAGUCAAAGUCCGGAUCCACAACCACAGGCCGUACUGUGAGGCCUGCUACGUCCAACUUAAAUGUGCUGACACAGCCUCAUGA